UCCCCAAUAUGUAUUUCUUCAGUACUUAAUCUGAUUUUUGCUGCUGAUCUCAGUUUUUGGUUUUUCUCUCUGUAUCAUCAUCUUCUUCUUCUUCAACUGAUCCAUUUUUGGUGUCUUUCAAAAGUUUGAGCUUCUAAAGGAAUUAUUUACUUACCUUUUUCUCAUUACCACUUUUCAGUCAAAUUUAGUUAAAGUUUUCACUAGGUUUAACUGUUCAAGAAGUACUGGGAUGACAGUUUCUUCUCUUGGAGUUGGAUCUCUUCAUUCACCCUGGAAAUUUACUUGUUAAAGUUCUUCGACUUGUUCUCUCUUUCUGCCAGUUUUAGUACUUCAAGUUUCUUAAUUCUCUUCCAAUGGCACCCACCAGCAGAAGAGGCAAAGCCAGCAAGCCACUAAGAACCCAUUACAAAAGGAAGCUUGAACAGCCAAGUACUAUUCAAAAGGCACCAUCUUCCACCACGAGUUCAGAUAAUCUUCCCAAGAUCGAGGGAUUCGAUAUCGAACGAGUCGAUGAUACCUCCACUAGUACUACUAGUCCAUAUUCUACCCCGAAAGCUCGGCGGUUUCGGAUACCGGAGAUCGAUACAUGCCCUCCGGCACCGAAGAAACAAAGGGUUCUCUCCAAUUACUCAUUGCAAAGAACACCUAUUGCUUUCUUUGCUCCUCCGGAUUUAGAGCUGUUCUUCUUUUUCGCACGUAGGGAUAUCUCAGUCUGAUCAAUAGUUUUAAGAUUAGGUGUUUCUUCUAUUUGAUUUAUUUUGAAGUUUGAUUUCAUUGAGUAUAGUUUUAAGAACCUAUGAGUGAUUUAGGAGGAGGAACAAGAAAAAAGUUGGUAGCUAUUUUGCUUACUUUUGAGGGCAAAUUUUGUUGGGUUUUCAAAUUUGUAGGGUAUUGCUAAUCACUACAUUUGUAGGGUAUUGCUGACUUUUGGAAGAGUGCAAUAUUGUAAUAUGUGGGUGUAAUUUGAAGGUUUUUUA